GAAAGUAAUAUGGACCGAAGACCACGUACAAUCCGCUGUCAGAAGUAUCUUUGGACACAACCCAGAGGGAGUUAGCAGUCAGACUACACACAUGUUAGGAAGAACUGCUCUAGAGAACAGCACCUUGUCUGUGAAGACUGCAGGUCUGCAGGUCUCGCAAGUGCGUUACAGAAGAACCCUUGCAUAUCCAUUCUACUCCAAGGCAGGUAACAUUCCUCCAACAAGAAAGGGACGCAAACAGACGGUCUUCAAGCGUCUCAUGGAUCAAUUUCUUGGACCUAAGAACUACAAAGGUGACUACUACCUCAACAAAUACGCAUAUCCGAAAACAAACCACACAACAAACUAUAUCGACCCGAGAAACGAAAGAGGUAAUGCUCUCCUUGAACCGCUCAGUGAAUUUGACGUCUCCAGCGACGACGUAGCCGAGUCUGGUAGAGGAAGAAACAGACACACCUUGCAGCCGUUUCCUCUCAACUCGAACUGUUUUACGAAUCUGCAAGUGAGUAACGAAACCAAGGUUCAAAUUGUCAACGACAUUCUUUUGAACAAGGUGCCUUCUCAACAAGUUGCCUUGAAAUAUGGAUUGAAGAUUCAAAGAAUCGAAGCCAUUUUGAAACUCCGUGAAGUCGAAGAAGAUUGGGAACAGAAAGGCUUGAUAAAGGGUGAUCUCAAGAGACUUUCAAACACCAUGUACAAAAUGUUCCCUCUGUACAACCCUGAAAAGAACGCCGAGAAUUUGACAGAAAUUCCUAUUCCUAGAGAAACCAUGCAAUCCCGGUUUUUGACCAUCGCCGAAUCUGAACCGUUCGGUCCUGUUGAUGCCGCCAAGGAGUUCAACUUGGAGCCUGCUGCUGUGACAUUAGAAAGGCUUUCUGAAGGUGGUGAGCACUCCUCCCACCAGGACGCUGCCAAAAUGAAGAAGAGAGACGGUUCUUUUAUUGCAACCAUGCACGAAGGUGACAAGUAUGCCUUCAAAUUCACUCCUGUCAAGGUUGGCAAGGUUGGAUACAGAUACGGUAAGGUGUUUAGAGAUAAUAGAAAAGACAGAAAAAUCGCUUAUGAUGCUGCCGGUAAUAAAUACUACCCUCUCGAAUAGAUAAUAGGCUCUUUUUCUCUUGGCAAUAUCUUCAGACAUCUGUACAUAGUCACUUCUCCCCAUAUUUAUAUAUAACUUAUUAUAGUAGUAAUUACAAAUGUAACGAAACAUGAACUGAAAGGUGCUUAAGU